CACUAGCAGCAGCAGCAUCAAUUCCAGCUUCUUCCAGAAGUUUCUCUCUUCGCACGAUAUUUUCAGCUUUGCAACGACGACACACGGACACUUUCCUUUAUGAACGCGCUGUUUCCACGUUGUGUUGGUUUAAGUUAAGUGGACAUUUUAGGCUCUUCAUCUCAGCAGUGAAGAAGAGUAGGAAGGAAGUUGUCUACGCAGCCAGUGAGACGAGAGAGAGAAGCUAACCUUGACAGUUAGCUAGCAGGCUAACAGCAGCAGUGACAGACAGCUGUGGUGCAGCCUGGUAGGUAGCCUGGUAGUCUGACCACCACACUGGACACAUGCUGGAUGUGUUGUGAAGGGAAACUGAAGCACCUGGGCUGACCAUGUUUAUAUGAAGAAGAAGAAGAAGAAGAAGAAGAAGAAGAAGUGACCGGUUUGUUUACAAUGGGUAAAGAUUACUACAAAGUGUUGGGGAUAGCCAAAGGAGCCUCUGAAGAGGAGAUCAAGAAGGCGUACAGAAAACAGGCCCUGCGCUUCCAUCCUGACAAGAACAAGUCUCCUACUGCAGAAGAUAAAUUCAAGGAGAUAGCUGAAGCCUAUGAUGUCCUCAGUGAUGCCAAGAAGAAGGACAUUUAUGAUCGUUUCGGAGAAGAAGGAUUAAAGGGUUCAACUGGUGGUGGUGGAGGUGGAGGACACAGCGGUCAAAGCUACAACUACACCUUCCACGGAGACCCUCAUGCAAUGUUCGCUGAGUUCUUUGGUGGCCGCAGCCCUUUCGAUCAUUUCUUUGCACAAAAUGGGGAGGAAGACAUGGACAUCAACGACCCCUUUGCGCCGUUUGGCAUGGGAAGAAUGGGUGGCAUGGGCGGAUUUCACAGGCCCUUUAAAUCCCACCCAGGAGGCCCUCGCAGAGCGCACGAGAGGAAGAAGGACCCGCCUGUGAUGCACGAGCUGAAGGUGAGCCUGGAGGAGGUCUUCUCGGGCUGCACCAAAAAGAUGAAGAUCUCCCGCAAGAGACUGAACCCGGACGGCUGCACCAUGCGUAACGAAGACAAGAUUUUAACAGUCGACAUCAAGCGUGGCUGGAAGGAGGGGACGAAAAUCACCUUUCCCAAGGAGGGGGAUGAAACUCCCAGCAACAUUCCUGCAGACGUGGUGUUUGUAGUUAAAGAUAAACCCCAUCCAGUGUUCAGAAGAGAGGGCUCAGAUAUAAUCUAUCCUGCAAAAAUAUCACUCAGAGAAGCACUGUGUGGAUGCACAGUCAACGCCCCGACACUAGACGGCCGAACCAUCACUGUGACCUCCAGAGACGUUGUCAAACCUGGAAUGAAAAAGCGAAUUUCUGGAGAAGGGCUUCCUCUAUCCAAGUGCCCCGAGAAGAGGGGCGACAUGAUCCUGGACUUCACAGUGAAAUUUCCUGAUAAACUGGGCCAAACCACACGAGAUGCACUCAAGCAGAUUCUUCCACCGUGACUUGAAGUGAUAAAAAGUUUGCCCCCAAAAAUCUAACAAGUUUCCAGCAGCCACACUCUACUGUGCAAUUUAGUCUGGACGAUUGAGGCUCAGGGCAGAUUUGGUUCCAGCUGAGUUUAAUUUUACCAUCUGAACACCAAAUCCAUUUUCUUACCCGGCAACUAGUCAGUUAAAUGGGUGUCUUAAGACUGAGAGCAGCUUACAUUACAUUUUGUGUGUGCUUUCAGCGGAGGUUGAGUAACAGUGUUAAGUAACAGCCUGCUACAGUGUCGGAUUUAAAGAGGAGAAGUAAAUAGUGCAAAGUAUAAAGUGUGUACAUAGAUAAUGAUACAAGGUGUCAUGUGAUAGGUUAUGGAGUUUUUUGUUUUUUUUAAUUCACUUUGAAAUGUAAUCUAGUAAGGAUUUGUUUUUGGGGAGCCAGCUAAUUUACAAUACCUCAGGUGCAGUGACGCAUGCUUGAAUGUAGCUUUAACUACAUUACUCAGCAGGACAUGAUUUUUGGUUGCCUUUAAGGCUUAAAUACAGUGUGGAAAACAUUGGAUCUGAUCCUUUGUAUCAGCACCAGUACUGACUAUAUGAAGCAGAUCAGAUGUAACUGAUCAACGUUAAAUACACUUUGUUUGUCCAUUCAGUAGGGCUGACCCAAAUGCUUCAAAGCUUCGACUGUUGCCAUGGUAUUCCACCUCCAAAUCACUAUUCAAAUGCUUCAUUUUUGAAUUAUCUUUUUUUAAAUAUAGGUAUUUAACAAUAAUGUAGAAUUCUCCAAAUAGCCCGUGAAAUAAGGAAUAAUCCCACAACAUUAUUAAUUAUUAUAUAUAUUAUUAUAUAUAAUAUUUGUAGUUAUUAUCAGACGGAUGUCGCUGUUUGUUGUGCGAACAUGUCAGCCUGUUGCGCUGCGAAGCUUCGGGACAGCCCUACUACAAUUCAGUGUUUCAGUUAUCUACCCUCAGAGUCAAAGUGGGCCGCCAGUUUUUGGGCCACAAUAUCAUAAAUGAUUAAAAUAUGCACAAGCCUAAUGAUAAUGAUGUAUGGAUGUUUCCAGUUAUAAUUAAUAAGAGAUAUUAAGUUAUGUGAUCUUGCGUAAAAAUGAUUCCAAUGAGUUGCAGAUUUAGAAUUUAGGAAAGAGCACUACUAAGUACUUUGUAUCUUCAGAUUUUUGAGUUUAGAGAGAACAAAAAGUCAGAUUGGUGUAUCCCUGGUGUUUAAGAUGGCAUACUUUGCAAAAUGUUUACUUUUACCUUAUUUAUCCGGGAGUACACAGCUUAUUACUUGUGUAAAAUAUCGGCGGGAAGACUUUUUGUGCCAAAUAAUUGUCCCUAUGUAAUUAUAAUAUAUGUGUGUGUGUGUGUGUGUGUCUACAAGUAUGUUGAGAGCAUGUGUGUAUUCUGUUACGUGUGACUGACAAACUACCAAAAGCUAUUUACAACAUUCGUAACCUUUGAGGGUGCUUAACCCACAGUGUGGAUGAUAUUUAAUUUCCUUAUUGCUCUGUUUGACUUCUUAAAGACAGUGAGUUUAUUUCUUUUUUUUUUAAUACCCAACAUUACGGAGGACGGAACCUUUCAAGAUAAAAAAAUAAAUGAAUAAAUAAAUAAAU